ACAAUCUACUGUUCAUCUUCUUCCUCAUCACGUAUCAUCCUCAAGCUGACCAAAUAAAGGUGAGUACCUAUUCGAUAACAGUGACUUUGGACGACGAGCGAUGUACGAUCUAGCUAGGCGAUGCAUUCAUCGAAGGGGAAAUGAUUUGAAGAUAGGAGGGGCAGUAUGAUCGACAAUGGCAGAAGAUUAUGAUGGGAUUGAGAUGUGACGACAUGCUAUUUGUGAAGGGACAGUCUUCGACAAAAUCGACAUAAAGCAACGAAGAGCGACGACUCAGAUCGAUCUCGAUGUAUCUCGACGUCAAAGAUCAGCGAUUGACGAUUGAAACGUAUCGCCUUUUGAAUCAUUUCAGGCCAGCUAUCGGCAUUCUCGCCCGUUCGUCACCUUUUUCAUUUAUAGCUGGUCGGAACAGAAGACUGAUCAUAGCUUCUGCACCCGUCCAGUAGGAAUCUAUCUCCCUCUUUAACAAGAUAAUAAUCAACAAAUAUGGUUCGCGUUUCAGUUCUUAACGAUGCUCUCAACUCCAUCGUCAACGCCGAGCGUAAGGGUAAGAGACAAGUCUUGAUCCGCCCUAGCUCCAAGGUUAUCCUCAAAUUUUUGGGUGUCAUGCAAAAGCACGGCUACAUCGGUGAAUACGAAUUCGUUGACGACCACAGAAGCGGAAAGAUCGUUGUUCAACUUUUGGGACGUAUCAACAAGUGUGGUGUCAUUUCUCCUCGCUUCAACGUUCCAUUGGGACGUAUCGAAACAUGGGUCCAACAAUUGUUGCCUGCUCGUUCUUUCGGUGUUAUCGUUUUGACCACAUCUGCCGGUGUCUUGGAUCACCACGAAGCACGUAGAAAACACGCUGGUGGUAAGAUCUUGGGUUACUUCUACUAAGGAUGACGUCAGACAAUGUUUGAACGUAAUGAUCAUUUCAUCAAUGUUCAAUCAUGCUCGACGUUUAUUCUUGUAGUUUUGAUACGAUUUCCACACAUACAUUGUACUUAUGACAUCAAAAGGGAGGAUUUUCUUCCUCCGCGCAUAUCCAUGCAAUCUUAUAAACUAAGACCAUC